CUUACCACCAAAAUCAAAACUUGCGAUUAACCCAAGAGCAAUUUGUUCCCUAAUUUUCAUUGGAAAAAAUGUCUGGACGAGGGAAGGGAGGCAAGGGCUUGGGAAAAGGAGGAGCUAAGCGUCACAGGAAGGUUUUGAGAGAUAACAUUCAGGGCAUUACCAAGCCUGCAAUUCGCCGUUUGGCUCGUAGAGGUGGUGUGAAGCGUAUCAGUGGAUUGAUUUAUGAAGAAACCAGAGGGGUUUUGAAGAUUUUCCUCGAGAAUGUGAUUCGUGAUGCUGUGACCUAUACAGAGCACGCCAGGAGGAAGACGGUGACUGCCAUGGAUGUGGUUUAUGCAUUGAAAAGGCAGGGAAGGACUUUGUAUGGAUUUGGAGGUUAGGUUAUAGGUUGAUUUCACGAAUGAUUGUAUAUCUGGGUUUUGGAUUUAUAGUCAUUGAUGCUCUGUUAGUUUGACUUGGGGAGUCAUUCAUCGUUGUUCUUGCAAUGAAAUUCUAGUUUUCGUGUACUUGCUCUCUGACAGUUUCAUCCUACUCUUUCUAUGAAUGUUUACUGUGCACAAA